UUUAUCCCCCAUGCAUUUCUUCUUCAAAAAUGGCUGCGGAACAAGAAGGAAAAUGGGUACAAAGAAUUCUGGUAAUGCUCGACAUACGCGAUCUCAAGAGCCUGCAAAAUCGAAAGCCAUAUCUCAACGCCAUUCAGCAAUCUGUUGACAAAUUACUGAGGUCUUGUGAUCCAACAAGCUUGUGGGCAUUCAAGCUCUUUGAUUCCUCACUCUCAUCAUAUCGUUCCAGAUCGGUUAUCGAACAGAAUGUGGGAAAACGGGCUACUCAUAUCCACUUCGACUCUGUUCAGCAGAUCCAGAUGUUUAUUUCAGCUCUCAAAUGCCUCGCCAACAUUGUAGUCUCUCUGCAACCCUCUGCUCACUCGCGGGCCGAAUCUGUGGCACAGUCAAUGCAGGAGCUUAUUCACGAUUAUGUAUGGGAGUCUGUCCUAAUUGACAAAAUUACUUCGGGUAAACAGGAUAUCUUUAGCAAGCACAAGAACUCGAAUUUGGUAGAAUUGUUUUCUUCAGUAUCAUGGACCAGGACUGGUUUUGCAGAGUUUAUUAAGGAUGAAAAUUCCUUUACGGAUCUUUCUUCAUUGUCAGACGAACAAUUAAUGGAGCUUUUUAGCUUGAAGUUUAGGUCUGUAAUUGAAUCCUUUGGAUCUCGUGAUAUUCAUUUUUGCUGGAUUGACAUUCCUCCUCUUGUUUCUCAAAUGAGGGGCUGUCCAAAUGAAAUAAGUCAGGGCAAAAUCUUUCAAGUGUUCAGAAAAAUGGGAUGGAGCUUUACAGCUGUGGAUGUUGUUAUUUUGGCCUCAAGAUUCGUGCCCUUUUCCCUAAUCUGGCCUACAAUUGCUUAUCCUAUGGUUUCUUCGCCACAAUGCAGCGCUUUGGCAGAAGUGGAUCUGGAAUUGGAAGACAUUGGUGGAAAAGCUUUGGUGUGUAGAACUUGUGAAGUGCAGUGGGCGGAACUCACUAAGGCCAAAACUCUGAACUCACCUAGAGAUGAAAGCUGUUACAUGGGAGUAAUGGAUUUUUCUCUUCUAUUUCAGAAGCAUUUGGAAAAAAAUUGUAGUGGUGGUAAUAUGAAAAUUCAUGUUGUUUUGCCAAUUCCGAAGGAGAAGUUCCUAGAUUUGAGAAAUAUCAUUUCUAGUUGCGUUUUGCUUUCAGGGAUCUCUGGUAAGAAGAAGAAGUAUAAGACAGAUCAUAAUCGUGAACAAAAUGAACUUGAAGGAAAUGUUGCCAAGGACAAAAUGGACAGCGACUUACUUGGUGAUGAAGUGCUUAUCAGAUUACAACAAAAAAGUGGGGAAUUUAGGUGCGGGAAGCCUGCUUGGCAGCUGCUUUUGGUGUUUCUAGCGCGCAAGAACUUCCUGGCAUUGGUUAACGUUUCUGACAAAAACAAUCAUUCUUUUGGUGCUGUUCUCGAGCCUUUGACUGUGCACACAGCAUUUCUUCAUGUUUUGGGAAGUAAUUUUUUAUUUACAUCUAACAUACCACUGAAGGACACUAGCUUUGGAGGAGAUUGUUGUGAACUAGUUCGCACUAAAACUCUUAAAACUGUACCACAAGCAGAAAUUAAUCUCAAAGAACAAGUUAAUGGUAGCUCACGCAAUGCUUGCAAAAGAAGUGAGAUGGAUCGAUCCUUGCCCUGUGAGCAGGAACAAACACCAGCUAGUUUGUGUUUUGGUGGUCCAAACGAGUCUGUUCCCGCAGGGCCACUUAGGAACAAAAACAGCAGAGAGCACAAAUCCUCAACGAUCGGUCUUGACCUUCAAUGCAAUACUUGGGACUCUUUGUAUUCUGCAAUUGUUGGGGGUUCAUGUAAAACAGCCUCUGAUGUAAUUUUUGCCACAAAAUUGGAGGAUAGGUAUUUUAAGGGCAGUUGCAGACAGUCCAAAAUUUUAAGGUUUUUGAGUCGCUGGAUGAAGAAGAUAUCAAAGAAGUUGGAUGCAGGCCAGGCCUUUGACAAUUUGUUCAAUCAAGCGGUUUUGAAUUCCUGCCCAACGGAGAAAAAUAAAGCAACUACUGAUCUGGUUCUCAAGAAAACACUACAGCCUCUGGCUGAAUGUGAACAAUUUUGCCCCAUAUCCACUGCUUUACCUUCUCUUUCGAAUGCUUCUUUAUCUACUGAAGUUGGAGAUUGCGAUUCAGAAACUGUUGAGUUAGAUAAUGACAAAGCAUUCACUGAGUCACUGGAUGAAAAAAUGCAGCAUGGUCUCUCUAGCAAAGAAGUCGACUUGAGGGCUUUAGCCCAACGCCUUACAUAUGUUGUAAUCCAACAUGUAGAAGUGCGAUUCAGAAACUGUAAGUGCGAUUCAGAAACUGUUGAGUUAGAUAAUGACAAAGCAUUCACUGAGUCACUGGAUGAAAAAAUGCAGCAUGGUCUCUCUAGCAAAGAAGUCGACUUGAGGGCUUUAGCCCAACGCCUUACAUAUGUUGUAAUCCAACAUGUAGAAGUCCAGCUGGAAGCUGAGCAUUGCUCAUCUACAAAUGUUGCAAAAGCAAUCAGUUUAACUAAGAGAUCCAUUUGCCAUGAAGUGAUGGAGUUGAUUUUGAAAAAGCCCAAAGAGUUGGCAGUCAAGUACAAAGAUUGCCCUCUUCCAUUAUCUAGCCAACUUGGCAAUUCUGAUUUUGCUUCUCUAUACACCUCUGAAGACAAGGUUAGAGAACAUGAAUUGCAAGUAUUAUUUCGCAUGGAAAUACUUGCAUCAAAGAUUGCUGGGAGCAUUGAAGAGCAAACAAAGAAUAAAUUAAUAAAAGAAAUCUGCAAACUUCUGGAAAACAUUCAAUUUAAUUUGCCAGGAGGAAUAUUUGGUGGGGAAAACCUUAAUGAGUUUGCAAACAGAGUUAUUGCAUCCAGGUAUAUUGAUCGAGUGGACAUGGUGAUUAGAAAAGUAUACAAGGAUAUAGAAUUUUAUGCAUAUGAUGAUUCAGGGGAUAUUUUCCAUUCUAUGUCCAACGAGGAUAAAGAUGUUGAUAUGCAGAAAAAAGAACAUGAUGCAGAGGCUUCUUCUCAAAAUGAUUUCAUGGCUAGUAAUGGUGGGGAAAGGAGAAAUGCAGGCCAGAUAGGAGAGUCAUAUUGUCAGAUGUCUGCCAUGGAUGAUGAUCAGCAUUCCCUGAAAUUGCCACAAGAUGAAAGGGUUUCAAGAAAGCAUUCAGAAAAAUAUCUUAAGGCUGAUGAUUAUGAAUGUAGACUUAAGAAAGCUGAAGCAAACAGGGAGCGUGCAUGCAGAUUUGCACAUUUUACAAGCAGAGCUCGAGAUUUGCAACGAGUGUGGGCACCAAAACAAGCUAGCCAUAUGAUCAGGAAGCAAUCUAAUAGUCAAGUAAGUCGGGCAAAGAAGAAACAUUUAAAAGCUGAUAAAGGUGAUGUGAUAUAUGAGACUCCAAUGCGAUCUUCAAAGAUGAGAAAAAAUAAAAAUGGGAAAGCAGUGGCGGUUGAAAGGAAGGAGACUACAACUACUACUGAUUUUGUUGAUGAGACGCUAUAUCCUAGAACAAAUCACAGGUUGAAGGCCACUUCAGAUAUUGUUCAUGAGACUCCAUAUCCAAUCCCUAAAGUACAAAAUCACAUGUCAGGAGUCAGGACAAUGGUGGUCGAUCAUCCUGAUUCAAGGACAGCUUCUGAUCAUGCGACAUCCGGCACAGGCUCAAAGUUAAGAUUUAUUUCAAGAGCAUUAUUUGAAAACGGAAAAUCUUUUUAAAGCAAUGCUUUUUACCAUCUACAAUAUCUCUGGUGUUGGUCCUAUGGAAACAUCCAACUCGGUCGACCAUCCUGAUUCAAGGACAGCUCCUGAUCAUAUGACACCCGGCACAGGCUCAAAGUUAAGACUUAUUUCAAGAGCAUUAUUUGAAAACAGGGAUUCGUUUUAAAGCAAUGUUUUUACCAUCUACAAUAUCUCUGGUGUUGGUCCUAUGGAAACAUCCAACUCAUGCUUAAUAUUUUGUCUCAAUUUUGUGUCAAUGAACUGGGGUUGUUUAGGCCCGGAGAAUUAUUUGAUUAUAAAAGAAGAGCAAGGUUCAGUGUACGUCCAGAAAUGGAGAUCUUACAGGGUAGCACAAAUGCAUGGCUUCCAGAACCAACUAAGGAGACAAUUGGAGGCUAGGAGACGCCGGGGUUGCAGACCUACACCAGCAGAAACAGAUUUAUGCCAGCCAUAUACCCCCAGGAAAUGGCUGGUUCCCUUCUCAUCUUUUCUAUGCAUUUGUAUUAUUUGGUUUUGCUUUUCUCCUUUGCAUAGGAAAAUAAAGAUCACUCUCACGGUCUUGUGUGAGGGAAACAUUUAUU